AUUUGUUUACCCAUCCGGGAUGUGCAGUUUUUUUGUUUACUCUUCUCUUAACGAGACAAUCUCCUUCAAAACAUUUUUAUCGGGUGCAACAAAUUGUUAGUGACUGAAGGGCAACGUCAUCCCAAACAUCAAAGAGUAGAGACGUGAAAAAAUGAGGACAGGAAAUCCAGGUCACGACGAAUAACUGAAUAACUAAAGAAAAUGAGGUAUGCCGCAGAUGUCACUGUAGAAGAUCUUCACCCUGAGAAGCCCGAUCCCCUCCACGUUAAAAAGGUCGGAGAUGCCAUGUAUCAGACAGGAGGCAGAGCCAGAGACCCCUGACAUUAAAGAAGAAGAACAGGAAGAUGAAAUCUCCAAGAUUCCAAUGUGGGUCAGUGUGAAGAUCGAAGGACAUGAAGCUCGGAGCGAAGCAGCGAAACCUUGGAGCGACGGCUCAUUUCAACACUUGACAACGAAAGGAGAGCAACCGGACGGCCUCUUAGCUCCGCUUUCGGACAGCGACGACGUAACGUCACACUCUUCUGACACUGAUACCAAUGAGGAGGAUGUUGACUUUGACCAAAAUGAUCCGAAAUCCCCAAACAAGUCAUCAUUGAAAAGGGACAAAAAAGAACACUUGGCUGGGAAACCUUUUCCCUGCUCUGUUUGCGAGAAAAGGUUUUCUUUGAAGACUGAUUUAGAAAGACACACGCGUACACACACUGGAGAAAAGCCUUAUGUCUGCACAUGUUGUGGUAAAAGAUUCACUGAGAAGGGAAAUUUAAAGAAACACACUCGGACACACACGAGAGAAAAGUCUUUUCCCUGCUCAGUUUGUCAUCAAAGAUUCCGUUUUAAGGGAGCUUUAAAAAGACACGCAACAACACACCCUAGAAAGAACCCAUUUGCCUGCUCCUUUUGUGAGCAAAGAUUUUAUCGUAAGUCUCAGUUGACAAAACACAUAUUUGCACACACAGGAGAGAAGCCUUUCUCCUGCACACUUUGCGACAAAAGAUUUUCUCAGAAAUUUAUUUUAGAAAGACACACACGUACACACACUGGAGAAAAGCCUUUUGUCUGUACAUGUUGUGGGAAAAGAUUCACCGAGAAGGGAAAUUUAAACAAACACACACUCACACACGCUGUAGAAAAGCCUUUUCCUUGCUCAGUUUGUGAGAAAAGAUAUUUUUCGAAGACUGAUUUAAAAAAGCAUCAGCGUACACACACUGGAGAAAAGCCUUUUUUCUGCACAUGUGGUAAAAAAUUUACCCACAGGGGAGAUUUAAACAAACACACACGCACACACACUGGAGAAAAGCCUUUUCCCUGCUCUGUCUGUCAUAAAAGAUUCGGUCAGAAGGGAACUUUAAACAGACACUUAACGACACACACUGGAGAGAAACCAUUUGCCUGCUAACUUUGAGGUAAAAGAUUCACUCAGAAGGGAUAUUUAGUAAACGUGACUGAAAAUUAGGCCGCGAAAAUAGCUAAAACUGCAUUUUCCGUUAUCGGUCAAAAGGCCGAAAGUUUACCACCGAAAAGUGGGAAGAAGCUUAGUCCUCUUGUGAUGACAUAAUCGAAACUCAACAAGCUAACACUACUGGGUCACAGUUGACAUGUCCAUGCUUUGGAAGUACAGUGAUACCUCAGCUCACGAACGCUUAAGCUCACGAACUUUUCGCCUCAAGAACAUUAAAUUCGCGAGCAUAUAGUCUCUGCUGACGGACUAGUUUUCGGCGGACGAACCAAACCACGCGGUCGAACAGCGCCACGAGAAGCUGACGCACGCUCACGGCGUCCCAGUUCGUCCCCUCGCUUUCGUUGAGUGCGGACGUGUUUUGUGUUUGAUAGACAUUUUGGACCAUAUUGAGUGUACUUUUGCUAUUAUGGGACCGAAAAAGACCCCACCACAGGCUAGUGUUAAGCCUAAGAAGACAUUAAAGAAAAUAAGGUAUAUUUUUUUGUAGUUUUAAGGCUUAUUUAGUAGAAAAUUAUGUUUUAUGGGGACCUGGGAACAGAUUAUUCUCAUUUUAAUGGUUUCUUAUGGGAAAUAAAUGUUCGGAAGACGAACUUUUCGCCUUACACACACUUUCUGGGAACCAAUUAUGUUCGUGAGCUGAGGUAUCACUGUAAUUUGUUUUGAUGUCAAAAGACCCGAAACGCCUAAUGAUUCCAGGAACAUCGUGUUCGGGUCUUUCAAGAUGUGUGACUUUUUUUUUUUUUUUUUUUUAAACUUCCUCUAUGGGGAACCAUUUUUAGAGCUGCUCUCUGUUCUACAUGAAGAUCAACUUUGGCUUUACAUCCUUAUCAUCAUCAUCACGGCUAUUGCGUAGGGGCAGGUUUCCCAUCCCAUUGCGUAGAGCUGACUAGGUGAGCUAGGCCCCUCCAGUACUGGCGGUCUCGUGAACUAUAUCCCUAAGUGACAUCCAAAAGUGUAUUUCAGCAUUUGUUUUGAAUUCAUUAAACAGGUUUUUAUUCACACCAUUAAUUUA